AUGGUAGACCAAAUACCAAUAUCACAGAGUCGGAAGCGCAAGAGGAGGAGGCAGGACAAGUCGGCCAUAUCUGCCAGGCUGGUGCUGGAUGACCAUGUGAAGGGCGAUGUCGGCAUUCUCUCAGAGGAUCUAUUCGCAGACUUGUUUCCUGGUUUGGCUCAUGCCCUGGAAACCAGUAAUGGUGCUUCGAACGCACCCGAGUUCCACCAUGUCGCGAUAUCUCCUUGGGGACCUUCAACAUCUGUCGAAGACUUUACGUGGACAGUACUGCCAGUUAGACCAUCCAGCGCACUUGCGCAUUCCACUGUUCAAUUUUCGCCUUCUUCCUUGGCUCUGCAAAGCUUCGCCGAAGCUCUCCAGAAAGUUGCUCCCUCAAAACUAUCCAGUCAUAGCCGGAGUGGUAUUGAGAUUCGGAUCUUGGACGUCGUACCACUUCCGCUGGAAACAGUAUUUGUGGCAAUUGAAGGAGAACUGGCAAGACGACUGGAGAAUGGCGAAGGGACGUUUCAUGGAGAAUCUGCUAGAAUGAAUGGGUUAUCGAGUGGGAAGACGAUCUCCAAAAUACCAGAGGAUCGGCUGGCGGCUGCAAUUCGAGAGUCUCUGGGCGCAUUGAAGGUAGUUCACACUGGCGAUAUCUUCUCCCUGCCUCUACCGCCGCAUCCGGUCACUCAUGUUCAGCCUGCACCUGCGAAAGUUACCCUCACCGAGCCAGUCGGCCAGGGUGUUCUCUCAGCUCAAACCAAAAUUAUCAUCACACAAACCGGGCACCACGCGAAAAUUAUCAGAAACUCGCAGAAUUUAUCCGUCAACCGAGCCCUGGAUGGAUUGGCCGAGGAUGACGAGGAUACCUCGAACGAACAGUUCUACUCCGCGGCUGAGGAUCGUUACAAGACUGAUGCUGCCAUAGAGGACGAGGAUACAGAGACUGAUACCGAAACAGACCUGUCAGACAUGGAGAAUGAUGAUCUUUCGGAUGAUUCAAUGGACGAUCUGAUCUCACUACAAGCACCGACCCUUCCAACCCACAAUGCCAGUGGGAUAUCUACCAUGCAAGCUGGUACUCCCAUGACUGUGGGCCGAAGUGGAAAGACAAACGGAAUAAGCACACCCGGGUCCGUUUUCUCUUCGUUCACUGCGACCACAGCACGCGCUGGUGGCCAGCGAGGACGUCUAUUUAAAGCCCAAGGGCUGGUCAAACCACUUCCAGAAGAGACCUUGCAUCCGAAGCCCAGUGCUGAAGAUGACGAUGAAGCCAGAGUAUACGUUGACAUCAUCUCGUUGACAAAGAUUGGCUGUUUUUCGGGAGACUGGGUGCGAUUAGAAGCCGCAGCUGAGCCUCCUCCGCAAGGCGCCGGUCUGUGGGGGCUGGGCAGUUUCUGUGCCCCUGAAGAAGAACCCAUGUGGCGACCAGUCAAGGUCUUCGGCUUGCCUGAAAGUUAUGCUCAGCGUCCAGUGACGAAGAUCCCAACCAGUAAGCGGGAAGAGAGGCGGAUGUCUUUCUUCGAGUCCCAAGUUCAAAAGCCAUCUAGCCCAACUGUAUACCUCUCCCCGAUCCUGCUUGCCAACAUGGGCAAUACUCCAUAUUGUAGACUCUCUGCGCUGAAGCGAGUCCCUGUUCCCAUGAGGGCAUCGUUAACAAAGAUCACCGGCGCAUCUCGGCCACCAUUUGCUCGGGAGCUUACGCUCCUAAAGAUCUCAACACCAUUCUCAACAGAGCGUGCUUUACAGAAUGCUCUUUUCUCCGGUCUGAAGCGCCACUUCUCCAGUCGCAUCAGAGUCGUCCAGAAGGGGGACCUGUUGGCAAUUCCAAUCGACGAAGAUCUUGGGCGAACCUUAUACCAGCCAGCCGCUAAUGAUGAUCUAGAGGUCGAUGAUUUGUUAUCAAAUACUGUUCUCGGUGAUCUCAGGCCCAUGAAGGCAUCGAAACCUACCGGUGUGGGUUGGUUUCGUAUUGGCUACAUCGGUGCUUUCAAAGACAAUGCCGAGGUGGGCGAGGACGAUGAUAUCUGGGGCGGCUUUGCAUCAAUUGAUGUUUCCACAGCACAUAUGACGCAGUCGGGGAGCGAAAACAGUCGACUUCCAGCGACAAUGGAGAGCUCUUGGGAGCACUACCUUGGAUUGAAAUCAGUUCCAAAGUCGGAACCUCACUUAUCUUCAAUCCCAGAGCCCAGACGGCACCACGUAUCGGCUCUCCGAAGACGGUUGCGGGAGCUGAUUGCUGCUGCUACAAGUCCUCGGGCUAUACAUCUCAAGCUACCGCCUUUGGCCAUACUUCUGGUCUCAACCCAGAGAAACAUCGGCAAAGCGACAAUGUCACGCCUCGCAUGUGCUGACAUUGGCCUCCACACCUUCACAAUCGAUGCUUAUGACAUUGUAAGUGAAGGAAGUGCCGGCAGCGACGUUAAAUCUGCCGGACUUCUGGAAGCCCGUGCUGAACGUGCAAUGACUUGUGGCCCCGAGUUUUGUGCUCUUUUGAUACGGCAUAUCGAGGCGCUCACGGCGGACAGAAUGAUAUCUGCUUUGAAAGAGAUACUGGCCGGUGCAAGGGUCAUUAUAGCGACCACGACUGAGGUUGACAAGAUCCCAGACGGUGUCCGAGGCCUGUUCACUCAUGAGCUUGAGAUGAAUGCACCCGAUGAGUGGGAACGAGAAGGAAUUCUCAGAAGCAUCAUCGAUGACCAGCCUGUUGCACUCGCCCCGGAAGUCGACCUCAGUGGUGUCGCUGUCAAGACAGCGGCCCUGGUGGCAGGUGAUCUCGUCGAUGUUGUCGACCGUGCUCUCGUAGCACGAAAUUUUCGCAUCGAAGCACUUGCGUCUGCCGCGUCAGAUUUAGAGACGGCCGUCACCGUUCGCGAUAUCGUGGUCGCUGGAGGCCCCGCGGGAAGAUUUCUGACUAAAGCAGAUUUUGACCUGGCUGUUGACGCUGCUCGGAAGAACUUCGCCGAUGCCAUUGGCGCGCCCAAGAUCCCGAACGUAGGCUGGGACGACGUUGGUGGUUUGACAAAUGUCAAGGACGCAGUCAUGGAGACUAUCCAGCUCCCGCUCGAACGCCCUGAGCUUUUUGCAAAGGGUAUGAAGAAAAGAUCUGGUAUUCUGUUCUAUGGCCCUCCUGGUACUGGAAAAACGCUUCUUGCAAAGGCUAUUGCAACGGAAUUCAGUCUCAACUUCUUCAGUGUCAAGGGGCCUGAAUUGCUUAACAUGUACAUUGGAGAAUCAGAGGCGAAUGUACGUCGAGUUUUCCAGCGUGCGAGAGACGCAAGACCUUGUGUUGUGUUUUUCGACGAAUUGGACUCCGUGGCGCCAAAGAGGGGCAAUCAAGGUGACAGUGGUGGAGUCAUGGACCGAAUCGUCUCUCAACUUCUCGCCGAGCUGGACGGUAUGUCGGAUGGCGAGGACGGAGGCGGUGGUGUCUUUGUCAUCGGUGCUACUAAUCGUCCUGAUUUGCUUGAUGCCGCCCUCCUGCGGCCAGGAAGAUUCGACAAGAUGCUGUAUCUUGGAGUCAGCGAUACGCAUGAGAAGCAGUUGACUAUCAUGGAAGCUCUGACGCGAAAGUUUACUCUCCACCCUACCCUCUCUCUCCCUCGUAUCGCCGAUCGCCUCCCCUUCACCUACACCGGUGCGGAUUUCUACGCGCUAUGUUCAGAUGCCAUGCUGAAAGCUGUCACGCGGCAAGCCUCCCUCGUCGACUCCAAAAUCGCUGGCAUCAACGCCUCGUCUGGUAAACCUAAGAUAUCAACCGCGUACUUCUUCGACCACUACGCUACCAAGGAAGAUGUGGCUGUUAUGGUCAUGGAAGAGGAUUUCAUCAACGCUGAGAGAGAAUUAGUUCCUAGUGUUAGCGCAAAAGAGUUGGAGCAUUACCAAACGGUCAGAGCGCAGUUUGAGAAAGUUGAUGACAAGGAGGAAUCGAAGUCAGAAAACGAUGUCAAGGGCAAAGGCAAGGGCAAGGAUUAUGCUGGACAAGGCAUCCCGGAGUGGCAGAAGAGCAAUGAUCACGAAGUCAGCCCGAGGAACAGCGGAAAAGGCAAGGGAAAGGAGAAGUCUGUUGAUCGGAAGGGAAAGGGGAAGGAGAAGUCCGUGGGGAGCUGGAGUGAUGGUGAGAGCGACGAGGACGCGGAUUUCUAUAAUGAUGAGGUAAAUGGGAUUGGCGCGAAGGGGAAAGGAAAGGAGAAGACUGUUGAUAUGGGGUUUCACGAUACAGGAGAUGAUGAGGGGCUGUAUUGA